GCAGGGUCUAGCGGAAUUGUAUACAAGGUCGAAAUGCCAGGUGACGAGACCAUAGCCGUUAAAAAGUUACAUGAUCUUCGAAAGGACACCACUCGUAGAAUACGAGGAGUGCUUUCGGAAGUCGAGGUUUUGGGCCAAAUAAGGCACAAAAACAUUGUGAGAUUAUUAGGAUGUUGUAGUAACAAAGAGAGUGCAAUGUUGCUUUACGAGUACAUGCCAAAUGGGAACCUUGAAGAUUUUUUGCAUUGCAAAAGCAAAAACGUGACUGAUAUGGCUGGAAAUUGGAGGACUAGAUACAAGAUUGCAUUAGGGAUUGCUCAAGGAAUCUCUUAUCUUCAUCAUGAUUGUGAUCCUGUUAUAAUUCAUAGAGAUUUAAAACCUAAUAACAUUCUUUUGGAUUCUGACUAUGAAGCUAAGGUAGCUGAUUUUGGAGUUGCAAAACUGUAUCAAGAUAAUGAGUCCAUGUCGAUCAUCGCAGGAUCUUAUGGUUACAUUGCACCAGAGUAUGCAUAUUCGUUACAAGUUGACGUGAAAAGUGACAUCUAUAGUUACGGAGUUAUGUUAUUGGAAAUACUAACGGGUAGAAGAUCAAUGGAAGCUGAAUUUGGUGAAGGCAAUAGCAUUGUGGAUUGGGUGAGAAAUAAGUUAAAGGCAAAAGAGGACAUAAAAGACUUCUUAGAUAAAGACAACAAUAUUUCUACCUCUUCGCCAUUAGUAUGGGAGGAGAUGAUGUUAUUGUUUAAGAUUGCAUUGGUGUGCACUUGCCGGAAUCCGGCUGACCGGCCAUCCAUGAGGGACGUGGUUUCAAUGUUGAACGAGAUUACUCCCAAAAAGAAAUCCCAGUCCGGUGGUGAUAGUGGUUGCGACGCCUUGGACGACGGUGAUUCUUACUCGGAUCAAAACAUAAUUGUUGAGUGUUAAUAAAUUUAUAUACUCCAUAAUGUUGUUGGAGUACGGUAUAUUCCCAUUGUUCCACCUCUUUCAAUUCCUUCAAUUUAGUUAGUUAAGCUCAUGAGUAAUUUCUUUUAUUUCAACUACAUUUUUCAAAAGUAAAUGAAGAUUAAAAAAGUUAUGAAUUAUUGUAUACUUCUCUA